AUGCUGCGUUUGGGUAGGCGUAGACUUGCUGUGGUCACGGCAACUGCCAUCACGGACGCGGCGACCAAGCUGAACGCGCUCCUCGACAUGACAAAUCGUACGCAUCCAGUCCCCCAUGGUGAGAUGAAGCGCUUUCUCAAGACGGAGGUCAUGCCGAUACUGGCGGGAACAGAGCUGGAUAGGCGCGGUAACUCCACAGACCUCCGCCACUUUCUCGGCCAACUAACUCGCGACGCAGCCUUCGCGGCUGUCAUCAUUGGUGCCCGUCCGGGGGCGAGCUUUCUGCAGACGAUCGUGACAUGCAUUAAGGAAGACCAUCAGCGCAUGCGCUUUCUGCCCAAAAUGACCUCGCCGCAGGCAAGCAAGAUCAUCGAGUAUCUUUGUAAGGCGGGGGUGACAGACGCGGAGGUGUACCCCGUCUUGAUCUCGCGACUGAACUUUUCCAGCCUCCACGAGCUGAGCAGGGUCAUGUUUGCGCUCACAGAGUCCGGCUUCCACGCGCUGAACAUGCUCGUUGUCGUACCCCUCUACGCUGGAGAAAAGUGGGUGCUUCUGUUCAACAAAGCCAAGACCUCAAAGACCAUGUCGUCGUGCAACGCUUUCGACGCUGUGCGGAUUCUGCGUGCACUCUCCAAAUCGUGCCGCGCCUAUGUUGAGGAGUGCCGGCGCGCUACAAAGAAUAGCAUGACAGACAUCCCCCACGAGAGCCUUAAUCUACUGCGCAACAACCUCCUGCGCUUUAUCUUCGAAAACGCAUCUGCUCUGCGCGGAGCCCACUGGCUGAACGUCGCCCGGGCGCUGCUGAACUUCCCGAGCGAGUUCAACGAGCUGUGGCACCUCGUCCGAGACUACCCGGCCAUCGAGAAUGAGGUGCAGUCUGCGUUGUGUGUGCCAGCAGGCAUCACGAACGCCUCGUCGUCGCAUGACGCAGCGGUAUUGUACGUCGUCAACUGCGAAACCGUUGGGGCCGCGGCAAUGCAACGCGUAUUUCAGUACGCCGAGCAACGCACAGUUGUCCCGGAUGCGGAGAUGGGGAGCCCCAUCAGCGCGGAGUUUCCGUUUGACCUGAGUUACUCUGACCUUGUGAAGCUGCUCCCCUUGCUCGAUCAGUUUCCCAGCAUGACAUCCGCGUCUCAGACCCAGCAGCGGGUGGAGCUGGUGCUGCGGGUGGUGUGCACAAAUGUGCACCAUCUCCGAUUGCAGGACCUCGUCACGAUGCUGCAGGUGUUGCGCCGCCUACGGCCAUCGACCAAGACGACGGCGGCAGUGGAGACGAUCACGCACGAGGUGAGCAACCGCCUCACUGCCUCCUCUCCAGAACAGGUUCUCGGUGUCAUCCCUUUCCGCACUGUUGCGCAACUUGCAGCCGCGCUGGCGGCGCUGCGCGUCACUCGGUGCGACGGCUUUGUUACCCUUGUAGCCACCAGCGACAACAUAUUUCCCUCCUCGCUGACAGUGGACACGGCGCUGUCCUUCAUCAACGCUUUAGCGGCGCUGAAGAUGACGAGACCAAGCCUGUGCCACGGCGCGCUGGAGUCGAUACUGCGCAGCAUGCUAAACUUUUACACACGUCAGCUGAAGAAGGGGCCCAUGCUGGACGCCUUUCCCAUUUACGUCGCCCGAAUACUGCGCGGCUGCGUUCUGCUCGACUACAUACCACCUGUAGACAUACUGAGGAGUGUUCUUCUGGGCUCAGCGGAAGCGUCACUGCGCAUGAGUGAGGAGGUACACGGCGCUGGCGGCGUGCUCGUGUUCGACCUCUCUCGCUCCUUGUCCCACUUCUUGAAGCAGGCGCGGACCACCGCCCCGGAGCGGGAGAAGGAUCUGUGGGAGUGUGGUGUAUUGCAGGUUGUACUGCCUCUCUCCAUCGCGUGUAGCGAGGAUACCGUACACGCUAUGGAACGUCAUCAACAAGUGGCAUCCUCCUCGCAUACCGCGGUGUCAUGGCGCUCCACAAUGGAGAUGCUGGCGCUCUUCGUUGACCCACAGAUGGAUAGCACAGAUAGAGGCGUCAUGGUGCAGCGACUGCAAGAAGCCUUUCCAGAGGUGGAAGCCUUGCUGAGGGUGUCCGCGAUGGCAACCCGUGCGCACCUGCAUAAGUGCUCCCACCACGUUCGCCACGGCGACGAGGCUCGUCAGCGUUCACGACAGACGCCCUUCAACGCCAACUGCAAUAUCCAUUUUCUCUCUGCUUUGCUGAUCUUCGAGUACAUGGUCUUCCACGCGAACACGCAAGCAGCAAGACUUUUCCCGAGUUCCGCUAACCAGGUCAGCACCACUACUGAUGACAAGGUUGAGAAGGAUAGGACCACUUUGGCGGCCCUCAAGGGCCGCUACUGCGACUUCCUUAGCGCCCCCCUCAGCAAGUCGGUGCCCGACACGCCCAUGGAUAUCGUGCGUCGCAUCUUUGAGUGCCCACUCUCGGGCUCGGUCGCUUCUUCGACUGCGCCACCGUCUACAGUGGUGCUCCUGGAAAAAAGGGAUGCGGUAGAAAUUACGACGACGCUGCCGUUUGCGCUCUCUCUUGUGAUGGAUCCAGGGCCAGUCAACGAGUUCUUCACAGAGCGAUGCAUGUCGAUUAUGGUAGGCGACGCGGAGGAGUUGCACUGA